AUGGCAGCUGCUACCACACAAGAAGGCGUCGAGAAGGCCGCAAACCAUCUCAGCAAUGGCCAUACCAAGGUCAACAACUGGUCGGCUCCUGGAGGCGCCGCCUUCGACUUCCGCUCCGAUGUCAUGACCCGCCCGACGACUCGCAUGCUCGAAGCAAUCGCCGCUACAACCCUCCAAGACGAUGUCUUUAUGGAAGACCCGACGUCCAACGACCUGGAAUCCUUCAUUGCCGACUUGACGGGCAAGGAGGCUGCUCUCUUUGUCUUGUCCGGCACCAUGGGCAACCAAGUCGCCUUGCGCACACAGCUCUUGGCCCCGCCUCAUGCUGUCCUCACCGACCAUCGCUCCCACAUUGUUCAGUGGGAGGCUGGUGGUGUCGCCAGCAUGUGCGGUGCUAUGAUCCAGGCCGUCGUACCCGCAAACAACAAAUACUUGACCCUGGAAGAUAUCAAGAAGUACGCUGUAUUAAGCAAUGAUAUCCACGCUUGUCCUACAAAAGUCCUCAGUCUGGAGAAUACCCUCAAUGGCAUCGUUACUCCUCUUCAAGAGUUUCAACGCAUUAGUGCCUGGGCGAAAGAGAACGGUAUCCUGAUGCACCUUGAUGGUGCUAGACUGUGGGAGGCCGUUGCUUCGGGUGCUGGCUCCCUGAAAGACUAUUGUGCGUGUUUCGAUUCCAUUUCGCUCUGUUUCAGCAAAGGCCUAGGCGCACCCAUUGGCAGUAUCAUUGUGGGAACAAAGCAGUUCCGCGAGAGAGCACGUUGGAUCAGAAAGAGCAUUGGAGGCGGCUUGCGUCAAGCAGGUGUCGUCACUGCCGCUGCUCGUGUCGCUGUCGAAGACACAUAUCUGGGAGGCAAGUUGGCUGCCAGCCAUGACAGAGCACGCCAGAUUGCUGCCAUGUGGGAAAAGCUAGGCGGUAAGACGUCGAAUCCUGUCGAGACCAACAUGUGUUGGCUGGAUCUUGAUGCUGCUGGGAUCAGCGUCCCAGACUUCAUUGCAGCCGGUGAAAAGGUUGGUUUGAGGCUGGGAGGUGGUCGCCUUGUUGUGCACUAUCAGAUUGACGAAGAGGCCGUGACACGGCUAGAAACUCUCAUGAAGGCUGUGCUCCAGGGCAAGAAGCUCGAGGGCUCAGUUGAUAUCGAUCCAAACGACAUGAACGUUAAGGUCGAAUAA